AACACCCUACCCUGAACUUCAAAAGCACUGUCAAAACUGUCAAUGUCAGCUGGAAUGUCAACAACAAAAAAAUCGUAUGUUUUCGCAACAAACUAGGUAACAUCUAUUCGGUUAUGGCAUAAAAUAAAAACAAAACCAACAAAAAAUGAGUUCACCAAAAUCGUCGCCGCCGCCGGGCAGUCCAACAAAGACUAACGGAUCGGGGAGUCCUGUGAAAAGUGGAACAGGGAGUCCAGUAAAGGACGGCAGCCCGUCAAAGGGCUCUCGUAAAGGUUCAGCGUCUGGUACCCCACAGAAAUCAGGGAAAAGCAGUGAACAGGCCAUUGAAAACGAAAUACAACUACCUCUAAGAAAAGAAUUGAGCGAAGAGUUUUACACUAGACCUGAUUUUAUCUAUGGAGGUCCUUUUAUACCUGUUAAAUUACCUUCGCCGUUCUUGGAGACCGCUACGCCAAUGAAUAUGCCUCUGCAAGGAACUUUUAAAAAGAGCUUCGCAUACUUUUCUCUGAAAGAUAGGCUGCCUGUGAUAUUAACGAAAAUCAUAGAUCAAUUAUCGAGGGAUGGAGACAAAAUCAAAAGUGCUAAUUCGGCGUCAAACGAAGACGUCACUAGUUUCAUGCAAGCCGUAGCGAAGCUGAAGAAUGAUCUGGUCACGAACAAACGCUACGAGCCCCUCACCGUUGACACUCCCGACGCGAAGAAAUGGAACGAAUGGAUCGCUAAUCAAGAGCACGAUAAAUAUUUUAAUAAUGUUUGGCUAUUUUCUGAAUGUUACGUGUACAGGCGGCUGAAGGAGGCGUGUGAAUUGACGAAAGGGCUAGCUGAUUUCGAUUAUUUCGAAGAUCAAAAAACCAAAGCUUUCAACGAGAACGUAGAAUUAAUGUGUAUAGUAGCAGAUAGACUAGUCACUAUGGUGCAGAAAAGCGAUAAAGAGAAAAGAAAAAACGAUUUUAUUACACUCUUGAAGAUUGCCUUAUGGGCGAACAAAGCGGACCUGUCCUUAUCUCUUGGGGACGUCGUGAGCAUGGCUACUCAAGACAAGGAGAAGCCGAGGUUCGAGGUCCCCCCUCCCGCGCCCACCGGCAAGAAGUCCAAGGUCAAGGCCGAGCCCCCGCCCCCCGCACCACUCUACGCGUACGACCUCGACCCCUUCCAAAUGAUCUUGGAGAAUAAGGAUAGGAUACUGGUUGAUGACACACCUAAAAUGGUCGACCAAAUCAUUUCUAAGGCAGAAGCUAUGAACAAGGCUGUGGAUGGAAAUACAACAUUUAAGUACAAGUGCAGCUGUCAUAGAUUGGCGACGCUUGCCGGCAUGGCCAUUUGUAAAGAGGAGGUCCCCCCUCCUCCCGCUGAGCCUCCAGCAGAAGCGGUCGCGGCUGCCUCAGAGGCUGAGAAACCUAAAGAAGAAGGCGAAAAGCCUAAAGAAGGGGAAAAGCCUAAGGAAGAGGCCCCCAAGCAGAUCCCCUGCCCCGCCAAGAUGACCAUACCGCAGGCUGUUAUGUUUGACAUAGUUUGCGACAACGCUGGUUACGAGCUGUUUGCUGACUUAUGCCUCGCUCACUUCUUGAUAGCACAGAAGAUUGUUAAGAAGGUUCGAUUUCAUGUCAAGAAUAUGCCGUGGUUUGUCUCCGAUGUUACCAUCAAGGAUUUCAGUUCCGUGAUAGCCGCGUGUAUGAACUCGACCUUUGAGAAGGAGAUCCCGCUGACGGCAGCGGGCGCGGCCGCCGCCGCCGCCAGCGCGCCCCCGCCGCCCGCCGGCGAAGAGGCAUCAGCGCCAGGACCUAAGAUAUUGACGGCGGAGAAUCUCCGCGCCGUGGCGACGCAGUGGGAUCAGUACUUCAAGGAUGGUGUGUUUGCUGUCAUGGCGGAAGACUACUGGACCUACCCUCACCCAUUUAAAGACAUGAAGAAAUACGAUUACAAUAUGUAUAGGAAGUUACAAUACGCCGUGGCGGUGCUCUUUAAAGGAGAUCUCAACUACCGGAAACUUCUUGGUGAAAGGAAUUGUAAUCCUACUACAACCUUCGAACACGCUUUACAAGGUUUCACUCCGGCGCCUCUAAUAGCAGUACGGACAGUCAAAUCUGAGCUUAUCUGUGGUCUGCCCAAGGGCAAGUGGGAUCAGCUGACCAGUCUAGAUGAGAAGUGGAUGCAGAGAGGUGAUUACGGCGUGAUACAGUACUACCCUAAGGGCGAGGCGCUGAAGGUAGCCGACAGACCUUGCAUGGACUACUGCCGUACCUGCUUCGGCGUUAUUUGUCCAGAACACACUGAUAUUUGAUGAUAAUUGUCAUAUGUUGCUUGAACUCAUUUUUUGUUGUUAUACACAUAGUCAUAUUUUGGCACAACCCUAUCUACGUCAUUAUUUAUAAGUGUUUUUAUUCAAAGUCUUCUAUUUACAAAUUAAAACCGUUUUGAAUCAUUA